AGUUCAUCAGGCCAUUCUGUUGAUAGAUAGAACCAGAGAUCAAUUGUGUGGGGGUGAGCUCAUGGGAUCGCCAUGCCAUUUCCAAAAUGGAGCGUCCAGAGUAUCUACCCGGCACGUCAGAGAUUGGCUCCCUGACAGCGCACUCCAAUGAGGACAGUCAGUUUGUCGGUAGUUCCAGCGGCGUUUACUUCAUUAACACGGUCAAGAGAGCAUUCUCAACUGGUGCUGAUGAAUCGGGGUCUCCAGAGACAGAGUUUCCCUCGGCUGAAGAGACACUAGUUGGUGCAGAUGACUCGCCUCGACACAAGCGGCAUCGUGUGGCAGCUUCCAAUGCAGAUUCUGUCCUCUCACCAUCCGCGGGAGAGUCGCCAUUGCACUGGAAAUAUGACCCUCAAGUGGCGGCCAAUUUAGGCGAUGCACCACCGUUGGAACUUGCUAAGGAACUGAUGAUGACCUACUUCAAAGUCUGGCAUCCCCUCUUCCCGUUCCUGCAUGGGCCCACCUUCUUGCAGGCCAUGGUGAGAUUAUAUUCGAGCACACCAGAAACAACGUCGAAUGAGGAUGUCACCUCAGACCACCGAAGCGCUUGUUGGACAGUGGUCUGUCAAUGUAUAUUCAAUCUUGGAGCCCUGCUUCGUCUUGACCUGAAGGUCCCGUCCGAAUGCCGAAUUCAGUCGCCUGGCAGCAUGACUGCUUUGCUAGGGAGUCUUUCAACACGGCAUGAUAUCGCCUCCUUGCAAGCACUUCUUGCGGCGCAAGUUUUCCUUGUUGCGAAAAUGGCGCUCAGGCCGGCGUCGACUUUCGGCGGAUGUAUUCUACGGUCGAUGCUUCAUGCUGGAUUGCACCGGUGUCCGUUUCGUUAUGCCCAACUCUCGUCGCAUGACCGGCAAUUACGGAAGAGAAUCUUCUGGUGUGCAUAUGCUAUCGACAGAUAUCUGAGCCAGGCACUUGGUUUGCCGUUAGGUAUCCAGGACUCGGAUAUUGAUGUGUGUUUACCGGCUGCGCAGGAAGUACAUUCUCCGCCGAGAGUCAGAAGUUCAAAUGCCAUAUCGUCCACUUCAAAACCAGCAGAUGAGACCGAGGUUGCAGACGAAGGAGCCGUAAGCCCGACUGGGAAUAUCGGCCUCGCUGAGAGGCCCCGUUCUAGGAUAACUGCACGUCGGGAGAGCCAGGUUGAAGAAUACCGCAAGAAAGAAAGUGUGCUUGCCAGUUACGUGGACUCUGGCACACUUACUGGGCGAGCUCUGGAGUUAUUCCACAAAUCAAUUCUUGUUCGCUCGGUUUCCCGGAGUGCAGUUCUGUUCUUAGUGACGGAUGUCCACAAGUGGUGGAACAGCCUCCCUUCCGAGCUCCAAGGGAAGUCGAUAUGCGCAGACCAAGUCUCUGGCACGUCACCUGCCGAUAGACCCUUUGAUUUUGGACCCUUCUUUACAAUCUUAUAUCAGCACCUUGUCCUGAUUAUCAACCGACCUUCCCUCUCAUUGGACCCUUCGACUGCCGAAUUCUCUUCUGGACUGCAGACCUGCAUUGGCGCAGCCCGCGCGAUUCUUGCCGCGUUGAGGCUCCAGGUAGGCAGUCAACAGGCCUUAUUCUGGCCAGGAUUCUUAUCGGCUGCUUGGAUGUCAGGGCUUGUUUUGGCAUUCGCCUGCCAGCUCAGGCAAUACGUUUUGGGAAAGGGCCUACAGGAAAUUGAAGAAUGCUCGGACUUUCUCCGCCGUAUGUCUCUUCAGUGGGAAACUGCAAUCCACUGUCAUAACACUUUGUCACUGUUGUCCACAAAGAUCAAGCAAAUGGAAAUCGACCCGGAUUCAGCUAUGAGCUCGCAUUCAUAUGCUCUCAGGAACAUGGAGAAAACAAAUGAUUCGCUGGAGUCAUCUAAUGUGCAUGAACAAGCGAGGAGGAGAUCAGAGGGUCAAUCCCGUUCCCGAUCCGAGCAGCACUAUUCUACCAUUCCUGAAACCCUUCAAACGUCAAGUCCUGGCCGUGGAGGACCUGCGGUAGGACCGGUACAAGUCAUCCCUGGGCAUCUAGCGAACUUGAAUGUGGAUGCGUCACCCACCGAAAUACCACCAUCACAGAUUUUGGAAUUCCAGAACAUGGAUUCGAAUUACCUUGCUAGUGGUUCGACUUUUGAUUUGAACAUGGGUGAUCUGUUUGGAGGGUCAAAUUAUGAUUCAUUACUUGAUAUGAUUGGGCAGCAAUAUCCUAGUUUCUAGGCGAUGCAUUAUUCUCCGUCCUCUAUAUGUUGAAAAAGUGGAGUUAUGGGACAUGAUUGUAACACAUUUGAAAAAAGAUCUUAAACACAGACUAAACAUGACAGAAGAACACAAGAAAUAAACAACGC